AUAACCGGGGCGGUUUUUCCUUUUGCAGUCUUCUGUCAAGCGAUUCAACGAAGAAAACCCAGUAAUCAGCACCAAUUCCCCACCCCCAAUCCCAGUGACAACAAACCCCAAGUGAAACAACAUAAGUAAUUAGCUCAUCAAAUGAAUUCAAGUGAUAAACGCUCACAGAUGUGGCCCAGUGCUAGAUGACUGUAUUUUUGAGAUAAAAUGAGUAUCACAGGUGCUGAUUUGUCGUCAAAAAUCCGACAACUAUUGCCCAACAACUCAUACAAAUUGACUCCGAAAUUACUGAACGACACGUGUGAGAACACCUCGGUGCAGCCUUUCCUGAGAUGGUUCUGUGAGCACGUGGGCCAGGAGAAUAUUCUACUGAAGGAGGAGGUGCAACUGAGAAAACGUCUGCUGGAGACAGGGGCAUGGCUGUCAGGUGACGAAUUGGAGGCCGAGUUGCUCGGUGCAACUGGAGACACUCCGGAGCUGUUGAGGUUGGCGCAGAUUGAGAGGAUAAGCGAUGGAGAUGUUGGGAGGGAGUAUGACGUGGAGAAGGAGGCGUACGACGCUGAUGUCAGGGAUGUUGAAGGGCUGGAGAUGAGUUUAAAGACACUCAAGGACUUGGAGGCCCAGUUGGACGAAAAAAUUGAAGCCGAAGAGUCUCAACUCCACAAAAUACAGAUUCAGGAGAAUAAAAUCUACGAAGAUUGUGCGAGUCUCGUUGACGAGUUUGAUUCGGCCUGUCGUGAGGCUUACGAGGACGUCCAGAACCUCGUGGGAGUCUACGCCAAUGCCGCUGAGAAGAAAGGACCUCCCAUUGUGUGGACCCAAGUGCCUCUCGAUCUCUUCAUCAAACACACGGACACGUACAACAAUUAUUUGAGAUUUCAAGUCAACAGAGAGUUGAAAAAAAUGCAGAACGAUGUGUUAUCCACCAGCACCCACGAUCAUCUUUGCGAUGAGGACUCCACCGAGCAGAUGCAGAAUGAAAGGGCGUAUGAACUGAUAACUUGCCAGAAUAUUUUAAUAACAUCAACUCUAGAAGAAAUUGAAGCUAGAAAAAAAUUAUGUGGCGCUGAGGCGGUGGCAGCUCAUGCCCUGGAGAUAUACAAUAAUGGAGAAAUCAAAUCCCCGGAGUCUGUUGCUCAAAUGAAAGUUGAAAUGGCAGAAUUAAUAUCCAGACGAGACAUCCUCGAGGAAACGAAUCUACUAAUGGACACUAGACUGCAAGAGGCUGCAAACUACUACGGAAAAUUCGUAAUAACUAGAAUUCUUCUUGAGAAUGGUCAGGCACGUUUGGAGCGCAGAAAAAAACGACUCUCGAAGAUCGAGAGACUUUUGCACUUUGCUCGUGACAUGGGUCAUGCACACUCAGAUUUACUGUCGAUACUCAUGCAAGUGCAAUUGCGAAAACUCAAUGAAAUUGUUGAAUUCGUUAACGACGCGAGGUAUCAUCUUGCUGCUGAGUAUUCACACGCUUCCAAGAGAUGUGAGUUUAUGCAAAAGGAGCAGGAGAAAUACAAUUCGAUAAUGACGGCACCGUCGUACAAACAGAAUAUUUUCAACGAGUUAUUUUCAUCGCUGGUUCUUGGAAAGGAAAAACAGACGGAUGCAUUGGAUUUAUCGACAAAACAGUACGAUGAAUUAUUGAUGGAGAACAGGAGAAUGAAGGAGGAAAUUCUGGGCUCUAAUUUGGACACGAGAAUCGACAUACUGGGGCCUCUCGAGAAAGACGUGAUGACUCUUUACGAUCACGAGACGUCUGAGGGACUGACGAAGAGUUUUAAACUGAUGCCUUACAAAAUAUCCACUCAACUGGAGGAAGUGACGAGCAACGUCGAAGCAGCUCAAACCGCUGUUAAUGAAGCUAGGAAAAAGUUCAAGGAUAUUGUGACUAAGACUGCAAGUGGCUCCCUAGAGCGUGAGAAAUCAAUCCUCUGGCAGAGAUUUUUAUCCGACCCCGAGACCCUGAAAGCUAGGUACGACGAGGCCCAGCGAAUUGUCGAUCGUUCCCACUUCGUCAACUCCCUGGACUCGUGAGGAACAAUUUUUGUACUUUUAUAAUCCCAAGUGUUCUCAAAUUAUUAUGGAUAAUUAACUGAUUAAUA